AUGGGCUUUUUACAAAGCCACUAUGGUUACAAUUUGUUGACAAAAAGGUCAGGUGGUGAGCUGGUUAUGAUUUUGAUUUAUGUGGAUGAUUUACUACUGACAGGAAACAGUAAAGAGCUAGUUAAUCAAGCUAGAGAAGAUCUGCAGAAAAGUUUCAAAAUAAAGGACUUGGGAGAACUCAAGUUCUUUCUGGGAAUUGAAGUGGCUAGAUCAAAGAAAGGCAUUGUGUUGUGUCAAAGAAAGUAUGCUUUGGAACUGAUACAAGAAGCAGGUCUGAGUGGAGCAAAGCCUGGUGGCACUCCACUUGAAUUGAGCCAAAAACUGACCUGUGUAGAGUAUGAUCAAUGCAUCCCAAAUGAAGCAGCUGACAGUGAUGAAGCUCUAAGAGAUGCUAGUGCACAUCAGAGACUGGUGGGAAGAUUGUUAUAUCUUACAAUGACAAGUCUAGACCUAGCUUUCUCAGUCCAAAUGUUAAGUCAAUUUAUGCAUAGUCCUAAGGUGUCUCACAUGGAAGCAACACUUAGGGCUGCGAGAUAUGUUAAAGGCAACCCUGGACUUGGUUUGUUCAUGCCUGCAGAACAUUCAGAUCAACUAGUUGCCUACUAUGAUAGUGACUGGGAGCAUGCUUGUAGACUAAAAGAUCUAUAA